GUGAGAGCGAGGCCGCUGGCGGAGCUCGGAAGUGUUGGCUGCUCUCAAACCUUCCCCGGAUGAUCAGAUCCAAAAAGGGCCGUCAAAAUAUCAGAUUUGAUACCAACACUGCGUUUACACUAUUCCUGAGAUUUCCGUCCAUUCGAAGAAGCUCCAUGGUGACCCUAUACUGAUUUUAAAAGAGGAGGGCAUUCACUGGUUCAGCCGCAGAGGACUCUUGCUGCACGAGCAGGGCUGAAAGAUGUGCAAUGGAAUGGUAGCGUGUAAGACGAGAGCCUCGCUCACUCACAGGGUGGCCACAUCAUCCCUGCUGCUACUCCUCCUCAGUAUGCUCCCCACAGGCCAAGCUUCAGACUGUCCCAGACCUUCAGUUAUGCCUCAUGGCCAUGGGAACCUCACAGAAACCAACCAUGGCUCUUUCUCUGUGGGCACUCUGCUGCAGUACAUCUGUGAUCCAGGAUACAUGCUGGAUGGCUACAGCAUUAUCACCUGCACUGUCUCAGGCCACUGGUCUCCUGACCCACCUCGGUGUGUCAAAAAUGAUGUAUGUCAACCACCAAGUGAGCCAGAGAAUGGAGGAUAUAACUGCCACCCUUCGCCCUGCCACAGACUAACCCAGGGUACAGUGAUCGAGUACUUUUGUGAUGAGGGUUACAUUCUGAAAGGAGGAUACCAAUUCAGAACCUGUGAGAACGGAGAGUGGAAGUCGGCUAUGCAGAUCAGCUGUCAUCCUGUCCAAGGGGAGGAUCGGCACUCAAGUCUUCCCAUGCCUGCUCUGUCUAUCGUGGCCUCCACCGCCAGCUCUGUGGCACUCAUUCUGCUACUAGUAGUGCUGUUUGUGUUGCUGCAGCCCAAACUCAAGUCCUUCCAUCACAGCCGCCGUGAGCAGGGUGUGUCAGGACAGUCUAACUCCAUCAUGGUGGAGGGUGUUCAGGUGUCGCUACCCUCUUAUGAAGAGGCUGUGUAUGGCGCUGGUGGCAGCUCUGUGCCGCCUCCUGAGUCUCGUGUUCAGAUUGUGCUGUCUGAGGGCCCGCAGGCUGAGGGUUCCAGCGAACCUCUGGAACAGGCUCAGCCACAUUACAGUUUUCCCUCCACCUCAACAGCUGCGUCCUUGUGUCACGCAGAGACUGUAUUGGUUCACCAGAUGCCCUCUUGCUCGUCUCCAUCCUCCUCCUCCUCCUCCUCUCCUUCCUGGGCUGCUGAGCAGCCUGGUGCCUCUGCACCUCUCCAUUGCAGACAGAGCAGCAAUCAGCACAGCCUGCUUUCAGUCGCCUCUGCUGAAGACUAUGGUGAUGAAAUCCCAUUACUAAAGGAGGCCUGAGUCUGUGUGCAGUCAACCCCCUCUCUGUCAUUGCUGGCCAGGACUAUAACGCCUAAAGCUUCUCACCAAACACUUACCCCAUAGCUACCCUUCAAACUCACAGUAAAUAAGAUGUCUGUCAGCUGUCCCUCAGCCAACAAAUAUCCCACCUGGGGCCUGCAAGAUGUGACCCUCUUGGAGUCCUGCUUCUUUCUUCACAGGAAGAACCCAUAACCAGAUGAAAGGGAUGCGUAAAUGUUUAACACGUCGCACCUUUACUUACAGGUGCACCAGUAAUCAGUUUCACUCACAAGCUUUCCUUGUCACAGCAAGGAUUUACAAAUUACAAAUGAAUGCAUUCAGAUUACAUAACCGUUUAGAAGGUUGUGGAACUCUGCUCCGUCAAUAACUCUGACCUCUAGCGAAAGGAUUUGCUAAGCCAGGCCCUUUUCUCUUUGAUGCUGCAUGUUCUGUGCAAUUUCUUUUUUGUUUUUCUUUUUAACACACAUACACACAGGAGUACGAUUCACAGCAACAGUGUACACCAUCUCGGCGCUUGACCGAACAGCUUGUCCUUGCGUGAGAUGCGGGGUUGAACUGCUUUACAUUGUACUGGAUUCAAAUACAUGCUUGCCUUUUUAUUUGUCAAGAAGUACCUGUGUUUUGCUCUGUGUGUGUGUGCGUGUGCGUGUGUGUGUGCGUGUGCGUGUGCGUGUGCGCGUGUUUCUGAUGGCUGUUGUGAUAUGAAGAGGGCUGAAGUAUCAUCUAGGCGUCUUUUCCCCAAAUAGGAAACAUUUUCAAUACCUCCAUUUUCUAAUUGAGAUGUUAUUUAACUAGAAUGGAUGUUCUUUGUCUACAUGUCUGUUUGUCUAAAGUGAGGGAGAUAUACUUUGUGAGUAACACUGUGCUUAGGAUGGAUGAUAAUGGUCCAAAGUCUUCUCAUAAAGAGAAGGUUUUAAAAGUGUGAUUGUGCUUUGCACAAGCUUGUGUUUCACAAGUAUAGCUCUCUUAUGUUUAUGUGUUGUACGCACAAGUUACGAAAACUUUAAUCUUUUUUGAAUCACCUGUAUGUUCUUUUCCAAGAAGACUUACUGGGUGUGGACUAAGUUCAUUGCUGGGCUGUAAAUUGUGAGUUUCAACUUACUAAUAAUAUUUGGGUUGUUUUAUUUGCCCCUGCUUCUCAUAAUGACAUUUGAAUGCUUUGCAAACCAGUUCUGACAUGGCUAAGAUUUUAAAAGACUGAAUCACUAUCAACAAUUGGAGCCAUGUUUAUUAAGUUCAUUUAUAUUAAGAAAUGAACGUGCUAUUAAGAAAGAUUUAUCAGGUAUUUCAGAUUAUUUGAUAACCUGCACGAUUGAAAAGAUGUGGGGCAUUGUUUUAAUGCAAUGUACAGUAAAUCAUAAAGAUUUAAAUUUUUCUUAAACAGUUAGGCAAGUACUUGUAUUAAAUGUCCCAAUGUGCAAGUCAGCUCCAGGAAAUGUCCUUGUUCCUCACUUAUAGUGUGUUCUUUUGGUAAGUGGGCAUUUGAGAAACCAAUGAACCUUUCCUUUUGAGUUGCUUUUCUUUGGUUGUGUUUUACAUCUUUGGCCAUUGGAUAUAGCCAUGUGUAUAUCCCUUGUGGUUGAUGCGAGAUCCAAAAGUUUGUCAUCAUGUAUCAAAUAUAUAUUUUUGUGUCUGACUUUGGAGAGAGAGAGAGAGAGGGCGGACAGUUUGCCUAUCUGCACAUCCUCUGUUUUGUUUUCCUGGCUUGUUUUUGUAAAUUGAUUGACAUUUGUCAAGCAAACUGAAGGCAAAAUAUUACUGCUGCCUUAACUUGUACAUUUUCAUACAUUUCUCACCUUGUAUUCAUAUUUUUUCAGUUUCACUGGCUUUAUGGUCAUUUGUCUUCAGUUUCUUAUGGCCUUAUUUUUUAUUUUCUAUGCAUAAACUUUGUCUUGUUGAUUUGCAGCGAUAAGGUUUUACUCAGUUGGAGGAUGUGACUUAUUGUUCACUCUUCCUCAGAAACAUUUCAGUGAGCAUAAAUAUGAACCGAUGAGAUUUUCUUUCUUUUACCAGAUAUCACUCAAAGGAUGUUUUUAAGUUUAUAAAAAGAAAGAACACAACU